CGAUGCUAUGUCAGUAUGAUGUUAGCAACGCGUUGAGGCAGUCGUCGCCUUCGUUCGUUCUUUUCUCACCGGUGAGGUCGCCGUGUUUCUAUCAACCACCCAAUCCACUGACUCAUACGCUCUGUAUAUGCCGGUUUGGGUUUGUGUUCUCACCCUAUUCGUGUCAUUUCGCGCCGUUUCCACGAAAAGCUUUUGAGAUUGUGUGCGAGUCCCUGGACCUUUGCCAGCAAGGAUAAACAAAUUGUGGCACCCCGAAGCCAUUCCUGGAAGUGUGGAUCGAAUCUCGGGAUCAGGGAUAUAAAACACGCAGGUUGUAGCACGAUUCGAAGUCGAGAGGUACUAAUUAAACCGGCAAACCUUCGACGCUUUCUUAGAAAAUAUUGUCAUAACACGGCGCACAACUCCUCUGCGGACGGGCCAGAUCAAACUAAGGCCCACUGCCGAUCUGCCCUGCCCGUUCCCCCGCGCUUCAUAUGAGCUUGAAGUAAUAACUCUUAAUUGAAUCUUCGAGCGUCGGACUCUUUACCCGAGGCCGGGAAGUAUCCAGCUUGAAGCUUUUAUGAAGGCUUUCCAGCUAAUCCGUACGUGAGAUGUGUGACCCAAUGACGUCGUUCGCUGCUCGUUAGACGUGAUUCAUUGGCUGACGUGCUCGAAUAUCGUCGUCAUCUUUAGCAGCUGCCGACUGACUGCUGGGCCAAAAUUGUAUUCAAACAAAGCUCGAAAUGACGCGGGUGCGGGAUUGGGAAAGAAAGGUUUCGCAAUCGAUUCGCCAGUAGUCGACGUAAAGAAUCAUUACAAGAGAGGGUCAACGUUGACUGGGAGAUAGCGAUCAAGAUAACCCUGCUUCGUCGCCGCCGUCGUCGUUGGUAUGGAAUAGACUACAGCGAAUAGCAGUCUAAUACAUAGUUGUCGUGGAUCGUUCAGUCGUCUGGAACCGGACCUGUGUGAGCUGUAGGUCAAAAAGGAAUGUUUAUGAGGCCUGUUGGGUGUAUGUGGAUGUGAAUAAAUGAUAUUAUUUUUUAAUUACUAGUUGUUAAAACAGAACAGAAAAAAAUUAACAACAGUGUAAAGUGCGGCUUGAUCGUUCUCGGAGCCACGGUCGACGGCGAACUAGUUGUUUCUAUAAUUAAAACGUCUCUCGAAGUACAAAUAUGUGUUGGUGGAAUUACCGAGAAAAAUUACAGAAAAAAAUGCUCACUCAUCAAUGCUAGUUUUAUGAAGAACCAGUCAAGCUGGAGGAGUUUCAUUGCGCUGCCCGCCCGAGCACAACAGUCCGUCGCGCUAAAUUGGAGCGCAAUUUCCGAGGACCGCGACAAUUCGUUAGCGACAAAGCGGUACCUGGAAUUUCGGUGUGCGGCUUCACUUGUCCGGUCCGCUCGUUGCAGCACCGAACGGCACCGUCGCUGCGGCGACAAUCAAACGGAAGUAAACGGACCAGAGCGCGGGAAUAGAUAAUCAGACGGUGAAACAGGGUGGCAGUGCCAACAGUGGUAAUGAUUACGGCAAACAAAACUCAAGAAGAAAGACCGACCGCUCGCUAGUCUAAUGAGGCCAGGACUGGUUUAAAGUCACGACGAACGGCGGAGCGGCCGAGUGACAGAGUGCGGUUCCAGAGCCUCGAAGAAAAUCGGAGAACGUGUGAAGAUAUAUUGUUACAGUGAAAAUCGUUAUUUGAUUAAUUAAUAAGCAUAUUAGUGUCGCCGUCGUUGAUGGGCGUUCGCUUCAGAGCACCGUUGAGUGGUUUGCCUUAGAGGUAUCAAUUAACAUACAUAUUUGUGCGCUAGUUACAAUCGAAGCAACAUCCCCUCGCGCGCGCGAACCGAACCGUGCUUAUGAGCCGGGUGUUGUGGUGCGUCGAACGAACAAGUCUGAUUUAAUCGACAUGCUGUACCGCAAGCACAUAUCGCCGUCCGGAGGUGUAAUGUUGACGGUGUUGAAAUCAGUCGGCAGGCGGAACCGGAGAAGGUGUCACAAUGUUGGCGACGCUAAACUGCUGACAGUGUUGAUUGCUGCCUGUCUCACGGUAGUCACCGGACUGAUUGAUAGGGCUCAGGGCGAAGACCACUGCAGUGAGCAUCGAUAUAAUGACUCCCUCGUCAGCGAUUACAUGCAGUUCACGAAGGAGGUGGCCGACCGGGAGUACGGCGUUCUGGGGCAGUUCAAAAGUUUGCACUGCUGCGCCAAAGGAUACAGGAGCAUCGAAUGGUUCAAAAAUGGACAACCAUACCCGUGGGGUGGUGAUAUAUCGUCGCUGAUCGUGUACCCGGAGGCAGCAAACCAAACCAUCUACACUCACCGGAUAUCGGAGACGGAUAUCGGCAACUACAGCUGCGUACUGCGGAAUGAUACCGGGAUUAUAAGGCACGAUAUAGAACUUCGAAUGCAAGAAGACAAACCAGAUUAUCCGUUGCCGACGUUCAAACCGAAAGAUAUGAUCAUCAACCUGGGCGAAACGGCGCGAUUCUACUGCGAGGCCUUUGUGGGAAAGCUCGAUCUACCGGAUGCGACCAAUAAAAUCGUGUGGAUGCAGGUACUCGACGACAAGCCAGCCUCCAUUGUGGACGCGAAUCAGCUGAAUGUGACUAGGGAGGACGGCCAAAUCAUUGGAUCAUAUCUGUCGAUACCGAAAAUUGAGCACCACCACUACGGGCGCUAUCGAUGCCAAAUCACGUCCGGCAAUCUAGAGCGGCCGCUGGAGCUCAGUAUGGUGCUGUCGCCAGCGCAGGUCACCUCGGUUGAGGACCCCGAGCUCGAUCUUCCGUGGCUGAUAGUCAUAGCCAUAGUGGUGAUGGUACUGCUCGUGAUUUUGGCCCUGAGCUUCUGGAAGAGUCAGCUCAAGGACCACGACGACAAUCGAUGCUCGGCGCAAUUCAUCGCUGAUAACGACGUGUAGACGUAAUCUGUCCGAUUAGAAUACUUUCCACUUGAACAUUAAUUUAUUUCACACGACUAAAGCUAUAAGCUAUGAUUGUAAUUUAUUUUUCCAAUUUCCUCAUUAGUUAAGAUCGCGAGUUCACUCUCCUUUAGGAUUAAGUUUCGACAUGUAAAUAGUUUUCGUACAACCCAAAGGCGAAUCGUUCGGCUCGAUCUCCAUUGUUUUGUAACCGAAUUGAAAAAGAAAAUGGAAUAAUCCACGUUUGGAGAGCCAUUUGAGAGACUGACUAUUGUGAUUUUGUAGCAGAAUUGGGUAACCAGCAUAUUUUUGGGCCUUUCCAGCAGCGUUGUGAUCUGAUAUUUCGUCCAAACUAAAAAAUAUGAACGCAUUCAUUAAAACAUAUGGAUAUUUAAAAAUACCAGUAAAAGUUUUAUUAUUUAAAAACUUAAUUUCCAUUAUAGCGCAAAUUGACGAUAGCAUAGCUUACUCGGAAACAAUUUUGUUUUUCAAUUAGCAUAUCAAACUUGAUUGUUUCUGUAAAUCUCAGAAGUGAAGAAGUAGGUAGUCAACAUUUUUAUUUUUUGGUUCUCAUUAGAUGUUAUUUUGAAAUUUUAUUUUUCUUACUGUUUUAAUCAACAUUGAUCAAAUGUAGAAAUGUUAACUCCGGUAAAAAUGGCGCUAAUGUUUCGUCAUAUAUGCAAAAUUGCUUUAAUUUAGCCAGUAUCAUCGGAAGAUGUGUACAUAUUUGCAGUGGUCCAAAUCAUGCUGGUUACUCUCUAUUGCUGAGCAUGCCGCUACGGUUAGAUGUAUUUAUAGUUUUUUUUCUUCUUAAAAUUAGUGAACGCGACCCAAAUCGGAAAAAAAACUCUACUGGGAGUCAUUUUGACAGGUCGCCGAAAAAAGAGCUUAACACUAAAAUAUACAUUUAUAGAUAUACAAAUUAUUACAACUGGUAUACAAUAAUACGUCAAACGUCAAUCAACAGUGAUUACACAAACGAGCAAAAAUCAAUGUUGGCUUUCCGGAGACUAGAACUACAAAUUCCACCACUUGUUGUUAGGUUGGCAAACGUGUCAUUUAGCUAAAAGCAAUAAAAGAACCCGUUUCGAAUUGUGGUAUUAGGCGUACGAUUCAAACGCUUUGUUGGUAUUAUUCGAACACGACUGUUACUCGGAAAUCAGGUUCCGCAAGGGGGUUAUACCAGUGAAAUGAAGCACAAAUUGGUAAACCAUGUAUGUUCUUCAGAAACCAUUCCUUCUCCUUUCAAACCUAGUUUGAUUCUAAUGUACUGUAAUGUAAUUGUAAAGUUAUUCAUCCUCAAAAUGCAUUAUUUAAAAGGCGAUACCAUUUCUGUGUAACAAUCAACCAAUAUUGUUAUAAUCAUGUAUGUACUAGCAUUAUACGAUACCUGUACUGUGAAGUUUCAAGCCACUACUUGUAAUAUUGAUAAACGUAACAACUUAAAGUUGUGCAUAAUAUUUUGCAUUUCAUACACAACAAGAUUGUAAUAGAAGAUGUUGUCUCUUUUUAAAAGCUAAACAUGAAAAAAAAACUUGCACUUUUAAUCAUAUUACACAUAAAUGUGCGAUGCAUCUUUCAUUAAAGUCUUUUUGUGUGCGGAAUGCAUAAUACCUGUAAGAAAUAUAUUGAAAAAAUGAACAAAUACAUCUCUCAUAGAAACUA